AUGAAUGGCAAGCCGGCCAUGGAGAAUGAUUGCGUGCUGGCCGAGCUAAAGAAGGGCGACUUGUACGAAAUGACGAAGCCUAUUCACCAGCAGGCGACAAACGUUUACCAGACCAAGGAUGGAAAGUGGUACCAUCUGCACGGGUCAAUGAAUGCCUCUGCGACGAUGGGCAUGGUUGGCGUAGAAGAGCAGGACGUCACGCGUGAGGAGGCCAUCAAGAUAUUCGGCGACAAGGUCGCCCAGUACGACGCCGCGUACUUGGAAAAGACGGCCAAUGAAGAGCUUCGCCAAGCAGGGGUAACGUGCCUCAGCCCCGAGGAAUUCUUUGCCUCGGAGCACGGAAAGAUCAUGGCGGAUGAACCGCUCUGGACCAUGACGCCGGUUCCCGCACCACAGAGCACCUGGCCACUGCAAAAGUCGGAUAAGUUCAAGCCGCUGGAGGGUAUUCGUGUCAUUGACUUCUCCCGUGUGAUCGCCGCGCCCGUCAUCUCUAAAGUCCUGGCCGUUCUCGGCGCCGAAGUCAUCAAGGUGUCGAGCAAGAACCUGCCGGAUGUCAUUGUCACAUGGAUUGAUCUGAGUGCGGGCAAGAAAGACGCAAAUAUCGACUUGAAGAGUGAAGAGGGCAAGAAUGCCUUUAGGCGACUCGUGGCCGGUGCCGAUGUUUUGAUCGAUGGGUAUCGCCCCAGCGUGCUGGACAAACUGGGCUUCAACUCCGAGUCAUUGCGCAAGAUCAACCAAAAGUUGGUAUACGUCCGCGAGAAUUGCUACGGGUUCAAAGGGCCGUUGGCAUAUCGCUCCGGCUGGCAGCAGAUAAGCGACUGCCUGUUUAACAUAUGGUACUAUCGCCUUGGUCAGUACACCGCGGACCAGUGCAAAGCACUUUUGGCACGAAAUGAAGGCUUCCAUGUGCGGCACUAUAACGAAAUGUAUUCACUGAUACAAAAAACCCACGCUGCCAUCUGCAAGGUUCGGCCCGAACUGUUGAAGAACCCUGACUACUUUUCCGUCAUGACUGGGAGAGAGUGGGGAGUGGACGACAAUAUCAGCAUUUUAGCACCGCCUUUCAAAUUGGAGACGUCAGUGCUGGAGUACGCAGUCCCGUCUGGAGCACGGGGAAGGUCUAUCCCAGAAUGGGAAGCAUAA